CUCUUGUUAAACAUCAGAAAAUGCACACAGGAGAGAAACCAUUCUCAUGUUCUGAAUGUGGAAAAUGUUUUAGUAGUAGAGACCACCUUCUUACACAUCAGAGAACUCACACAGGAGAGAAAUCGUUCUCAUGUUCUGAAUGUGGAAAAUGUUUUAGUCUUAAAGAAUAUCUUGUUAGACAUCAGAGAACUCACACAGGAGAGAAACCAUUUGCUUGUUCUGAAUGUGGAAAAUGUUUUGUCAAUAAAACAAAGCUUGUGCGUCAUCAGAGAACGCAUACAGGAGAGAAACCGUUCUCAUGUUCUGAAUGUGGAAAAUGUUUUAGUAGUAAGGCAAUUCUUGUUAUACAUCAAAGAACUCACACAGGAGAGACACCGUUUGCAUGUUCUGAAUGUGGAAAAUGUUUUGUCAAUAAAACAAAGCUUGUUGCACAUCAGAGAACGCACACAGGAGAGAAACCGUUCUCAUGUUCUGAAUGUGGAAAAUGUUUUAGUCUUAAAGAAUAUCUUGUUACACAUCAGAGAAAUCACACAGGAGAGAAACCGUUCUCAUGUUCUGAAUGUGGAAAAUGUUUUGUCAAUGAAACAAAGCUUGUGCGUCAUCAGAGAACGCAUACAGGAGAGAAACCGUUCUCAUGUUCUGAAUGUGGAAAAUGUUUUAGUCGUAAAGAACAUAUUGUUACACAUCAGAGAACUCACACAGGAGAGAAACCGUUCUCAUGUUCUGAAUGUGGAAAAUGUUUUAGUCGUAAAGAACAUCUUGUUACACAUCAGAGAACGCAUACAGGAGAGAAACCGUUCUCAUGUUCUGAAUGUGGAAAAUGUUUUAGUUGUAAAGAAACUCUUGUAAGACAUCAGAGAACUCACACAGGAGAGAAACCAUUUGCUUGUUCUGAAUGUAGAAAAUGUUUUAGUAGUAAAAUACAUCUUGUUAUACAUCAGAGAACUCACACCGGAGAGAAACCAUUUGCUUGUUCUGAAUGUGGAAAAUGUUUUAGUAGUAAACCAAAUCUUGUUAAACAUCAGAGAACUCAUACAGGAGCGAUCUAAUGUUCAGAAUGUGGAAAAUGUUUUGUCACUAAAGCAAAUCUUGUGCGUCAUGAAAGAACUCACACAGAAGAGAGACCGUUCUCAUGUUCAGAAUGUAGAAAA